AUGACUAGUUUGUGGGUAGCUAAAGCAUUGGAGGGAGAGGCAAAAGCUAGGGGAGGCGUGAAAGAUGUAACGAUACAAGGUGAAGGAUCUUGCAACAAUGAUGCUACUUGUCGUGCUAAUUGUCCAGGUUGUGCUGUAACACAAUGUCUCUUCCAACAAUGUGUUUGCGAUCAAUGUUCUCCGAAACUGAAUUUACGUGUUAGAAGCGAAAAAAUUAGUGGAGAAAUGAGAGAUGCAACGACGCAACGUGGAGAACAAACUUGCGAUGAUGACAACACUUGCCGUAAGAAUUGCCCCGACUGUAAAGUUGCAGUAUGUUACUUGAGGCAAUGUAUUUGCACUAGGUGUUCCUUCCCCACUCGACUACCAAAUUUACUUGUAUAAAUCGCAUUUAUAAUGUCUCUUUAAUGGCUUUUCUGUUAUCUCUCAUUUUCAACGAUUGUCGAUUGAAUUAUCGAUCGAACGUGUGUUGACAAAAUAAUAAUAAAAAUAAAUAAUUAUUUUAAAGUAUUUAC